AUGACUAUCAAACUGUGGACAUCACCAUUGUCGUACAACAGCUUGCGACCAGAGCUUGUCCUGGCAGAGAAAGGUAUCGACGACUUCGAGAUAGUCCCCACAAAUAUCAUGACAGGCGAACAUAAGACCCCUGAAUUCUGGGAGAAGUCCAUCUUUGGCCGGGUUCCGCUGAUCGAGGAUGGAGACGUUGUACUCUUUGAGUCUCGAGCCAUUGCGCGAUACCUUGCUCAGAAAUACCUCAACACGGGCCCUCGCUUACUUCCUGCCGCGAAUGAUGCCAAGACGAACGGGACAUUUUGGAUGUGGAUGAUCCUGGAGAUUGAGGAGUUCAAUGUUCAUGCGGUGCCUAUCAUUGCUGAGACCAUUGUCGCUCCGGCGGUUGGUCGAUCAGUGGACCAGGCUGUUUUGGACAGACAUAGGCCACGACUGACGAACUGUCUGGAGGCGUUGGAUAAGGCUCUGCUGAAGAUGGACUACCUCGGUGGUGAUGAAUAUAGCCUGAUCGACAUCAACUAUAUGCCAACUAUGUACGUCCUUACCAAGUGCAUGAACCUCUUUGAAGGAAGAUCAAACCUGUCGAAGUGGUGGAACAGUGUCAGUGGGCGAGAUGCUUGGAAGAAAGUCAUCAAACCGCUAGAUGAUGCUUACGCUUCAGCUGCCCCGGACUGGUGA